AUGUCUGUUCAAAAGUUCGGAAUAACAACGCAGAAAGAGGAUAACUUUCAUAAUUGGUACACGCAGGUAGUUCUCAGGGGAGAACUGCUGGAUUACUACGACAUCAGAGGAUGCUUUAUUAUGAGACCUGCAUCGAUGUUCAUGUGGUCCUCAAUACGAAGUUGGUUCGAGUCCCGAAUACAAAAAAUGGGUAUUCAAGAAUGCUACUUUCCAAUGCUAGUGUCUAAAAGGAACCUUGAGCAAGAGAAGGAUCAUCUGGAAAAUUUUAAUCCCGAACUCGCAUGGAUCACUAAGUGUGGCGAGAAAGAUCUGGAAGAGCCGGUAGCAAUUAGACCUACAUCGGAGACAAUUAUGUAUCCGGCAUUCGCAAGAUGGUUAAGCUCGUAUAGAGAGCUUCCUCUCAAGCUCAACCAGUGGUGCUCCGUGUUGAGGUGGGAGGUCAAGUCCACACUUCCGUUUAUUCGAGGCAGAGAGUUUCUAUGGCAGGAAGGACAUACGGCAUAUUACAAGAAGGAUGAGGCUGAAAAAGAGACUUUAGAAAUUUUAGACUUAUAUGAGCAGGUUUACCGGGAUCUUCUGGCGGUGCCUGUUAUCAAAGGUAAAAAGUCAAAGAAAGAAACAUUUGGGGGAGCGGAAUAUACCACAUCAGUCGAGGCCUUCAUACCUGGAACGGGGAAGGGGAUACAAGGAGCCACUAGCCACCAUCUUGGACAAAAUUUUUCAAAAAUGUUCGAUAUUAAAGUUGAUAACGAAAAUAACCUUGAAGCCAAAUCACAUGUCUUCCAAAACUGUUGGGGAUUAACUACGCGUUCGAUUGGAGUAGCAGUAAUGGUGCAUUCCGAUAACAGAGGAUUUGUGUGUCCACCGAGAGUUGCACAGAUUCAGGCAGUGGUGGUACUCUGUGGAAUAAAAGCCACGACAACUGACAACGAAAAGAUUAAGCUUGAGGAGUAUGCCAAGCAUAUUAUUGAAAGAAUCAGGUCAUCCAAUAUCAGGGUUCAUUUUGACAAUCGCGAAAAUCUAAGCCCUGGAUUUAAGUUCAAUCAUUGGGAGUUGAGGGGGGUGCCUUGCCGCAUAGAAGUAGGUUUUAAAGAUAUGGAGAAAGCAGAGGUUUGUAUUGUAAGGAGAGAUAAUGGGGAAAAGAUACAGGUGAAGUCAGAACAGAUUGUAGAUCAGCUCAAUGGCAUUAUCGAUUCUAUCCACAGCAGUUUGUAUAUCAAAGCGGAAGCAGAGUUAAAGGUAAGGACCAAGAUUGCCAGUACAUUUGAGGAGAUGCUUGGAUAUUUGAACGAUAGGAACAUUGUAUUGGCGCCUUGGUGUUCGGCAGUAGAGUGUGAAGACGAGAUUGGGGAGAAGACAACAGUUAGAGAAAAUGAUGAGGUUACUUUGAUGGGGGCCAAAUCACUAUGCAUUCCAUUUGAAGCACCAUCAUUUGAGUCCAAGAAGUGUAUUAGUUGUAAGGCGGAUGCUAAGUGCUUUGCUCUUUUUGGAAGAAGCUACUGA